CACCACGCACACCGGCACCAAGUAGCGAGUACCAAAAAAUACUCCAAAGCAAGCCUACAGUCCGAAGUGAGCCAUGGCGGAGCUCCGCCACAACAGCUCGAUUGGCGCCAGAGCAACACCGUCGCCUAGGAAGCGCGAUGACGUCACUUCGCCGCUCUCCUCCGACAAUCAUCUCCCGCGAGACGUUGACGACGACGGUGGCCGAGAUCGGCACCCUCGAGAUCGGUUUCGUUCACUCUUCUCUAAUCAUUUUCAGUUAUUAGACGAUAGUGCUAGGGUUUAUUCACAAAACUUCAAGAUCUUGCUUUUCAUCGUCACGGUUGUUGCAUUUGCUGGAUUGUUUACCGUUUAUUCGGUCAUAACUCAUCUCAAUGCGCCAUAUUUGUGUACAAAAGAUGGCAUUACGCUUCACUGCCCUCGUGUCAAGGAGCCACCUUCUUUAUGGGAAAAUCCAUUGUCUGCUGCCACUUCUUGGAAGCCAUGUGCUGAAAGACGCAGUGGUUCAAUUUCAGAUCUUCCCGAGGCAAAUGAAACAAAUGGGUAUAUUUUUAUUCACGCGGAAGGCGGGCUGAAUCAGCAAAGAAUUGCUAUAUGCAAUGCAGUUGCUGUGGCCAAAAUCAUGAAUGCCACUCUUAUUCUGCCCGUCUUAAAGCAAGACCAGAUAUGGAAGGACCAAACAAAAUUUGAGGAUAUAUUUGAUGUGGACCAUUUCAUUGACUACUUGAAGGAUGAUGUGCGAAUUGUGCGUGAUAUUCCAUCAUGGUUUACUGACAAGUCAGAGCUGUUCACGAGCAUAAGACGUACGGUGAAAAAUAUCCCGAAAUACGCACCCGCACAAUUCUACAUAAACAAUGUCUUGCCUCGGAUCAAAGAGAAGAGGAUAAUGGCAUUAAAGCCUUUUGUAGACCGACUUGGCUAUGAUAAUGUCCCUCAAGAAAUCAACAGGUUAAGGUGCAGGGUUAAUUAUCAUGCUCUCAAAUUUCUUCCCGAGAUUGAUGAAAUGGCUGAUCAGCUUGUUGCAAGGAUGAGAAACCGAACCGGCAGUCCAAAUCCUUUUAUGGCUCUUCAUCUUAGAUUUGAGAAAGGGAUGGUGGGACUUUCGUUUUGCGACUUUGUGGGGACCCGGGCAGAGAAAGCUUUGAUGGGAUUAUACAGAUUAAAAGAAUGGCCUAGGCGUUUUAAGGAUGGGUCGCAUUUAUGGCCACUUGCUUUACAGAAAAGGAAAGAAGGAAGAUGCCCGCUUGAGCCUGGAGAAGUGGCGGUGAUGCUGCGGGCAAUGGGGUAUCCGAAAGAAACUCAAAUAUAUGUUGCUUCUGGGCAGGUCUAUAGUGGCCAGAACCGAAUGGCACCACUUAGGAACAUGUUCCCUAAUCUGGUAACAAAAGAAGAGUUAACAACAAAAGACGAAUUGGACAGCUUCAGAAAACAUGUCACAAGCUUGGCCGCCUUAGAUUUUCUGGUAUGCUUAAAAUCAGACGUAUUUGUAAUGACCCAUGGAGGAAACUUUGCAAAACUAAUUAUCGGUGCAAGGCGGUAUAUGGGCCACCGCCAAAAAUCCAUAAAGCCCGAUAAAGGCCUGCUUUCGAAAUCCUUAGGAGACCCCUAUAUGGGCUGGGCCACCUUUGUUGAAGAUGUUGUCCUAACCCACCAAACCCGCACUGGACUUCCGGAAGCUACAUUUCCCAAUUAUGAUAUAUGGGAGAACCCUUUAACACCUUGCAUGUGCAAAGCUUGAUUAUAUUGUUGAUUUUUCUUCUAAAGGUAUGAUCUUGAUCUUUAUUUUGUUUUUAACUACAAUCUGUGAAGCAAAUAGAUCCUAUCCGUACACGUAUAAAGAUAAGAAUGGUGGAUUAGCAAUGUUGGUGUAAAUUAAAAUAGUGAAAAGGAGAUUAGCUCUUGAACCCUUCUUUAAUUUGGGGGAUUAACUUUUUGAAUCUUGUGAGAAUGUCGUAACGCUGUGUAAUUUGCAAGAACUAGUAAUUUUGUCGAAACCCGCACGUUCAUGUGAA